AUGCCCCCCGGCCUCGAGGCCGAGCUUCUGAAACUGGACCUCCUGAAAGCCCACGCUGCCGAUAUCGAAAAGGAGAUCAAGGCUGUGCAAGCUUCCAUUAUGUCGAUCUGGAAGGCCCAGUUUUCUACUUGUGAUACCAUCCGGUGCUACGUCAAGACUGCAUGGAAAAAGGCCCCCACGCUUGCGCACCUGCUCGCCACUCAUGUUUCUCAUCAUACUCACAUCAAUUCCGACUUCUUCAAAAACGAGACUCACAUGAAUUGCACUGCUGAGGUAAAAAAGGUGGUUGAGCAGCACGAGAACCAAGCCCUCCUUGUCGACUUCAGUGAGGAUGCUGAAACUACGGAAGAGGCUGAUGACGAUGCAGUGCAGGCUGUAGAGGUCGAGACCGAAGUGGAGACCACCGAAGUGGAGACCACCGAAGAAGCUUCUGAAGUCAAAGACAAGGAAGAUCAACAGGAAGAACAAGGCGGCAAUGGUCGCCCUCAGUGGCACCAUGGCCCUCCCGGCAACGGAAGGCGACCUCCAUGGGCUCGUCCAGGUGGCAGACCCCCAUGGGCAGGUGGCAGACCUCCAUGGGCACGGCCAAACAGCAGACGCCCGUGGGCAGGUGGCAGACCUCCAUGGGCAACCGAAGAGAAUCACACUCCCGCAGCAAGCCCGCCUUCCGACAGCGCGCACCCACACUCACAGAGUCAUUUCCAGCCUUUUGCGCUAACGCCCCAAGAUCAGUUCAAAAUUGCCUUCUUCAUUGCUGCCGCUCUCAUUAUUGGCGUGGGGGCUCUAACCUUCGGCUGUUGUAUCUGCAUCCGCCGCAAGUGUAUCUUCCUGCGCGACCCGCGUCGCAAAGCCGACUGCGCAGCUCGCCGUGAAGAACGCAGAACGCGUGCUCUCUAUCGCAAAGCGGCAUGCAAGUACCGCGUGCGAACCUUCUUCCAACGCUUCCGACGGCCGUUCGCAUCCUCGGACUACGAAGAGAAGCGCGAGCUCAUCCUCAACCAGGAAAGCGAGUCGGCCGACGUGGUCCGACCGCAAAUCAACGGCCUCCGUAACACGCACCUGCUGGUACGUGAAAUGAUGCGUGCCGAGGAGGGCUCGUCGAGCUUCCAGCACCAGCGGACUGAGGGGCGAGCUCCAGCGGAGCUUGAGGCGGCAGAGCGUGCCAGUAUCCGGUCCGAAACUCUUCCUGCUUAUUCGCUUCCGCCGCCAAGUUACGCAAAUGAUCUAGGCAGCGACUUCAGCGUUGUCGACGGCUUCACAGGCUACACGCCAAGUGUCACGGACGGCACCCCGGACGACACCACCCAGAGCAGUGUCGUGGACUGUAGCCCACGGCUCAGCUUUGACACCCAGCGGACAGAGACAACGCGGAGUCGCGAGUGA